AUGUCCUCCGGCAGGGGGAAUUUCCGUCGUGGGCGCGGCUCCGCGUGGAGUCGUGAUGCGACUGGUGGUGGACAUGAUGCAGGAGUCUGGGGAAGGCCACAGGGUGCUGAUGAAGAGGCAUGGCGAGCUGCCCCACCUAGCUUCACCCCCCCGGUGCGUCGCGUUGACCCGCUGACUCUCACGGCUGUGGAGGUUGAAAUUGACGGCAUCAAGAAACUGGUGGGCCAGCGUGUGCAGGUGACUGGUCUGGCAGACGGCACAUCGUGGCAGACCCUCAAAGAUCAUCUUCGUCAAGCAGGCGAAGUCACUUUCUGCAAACUUUUCUCGAACGGGCGCGCAAUGGUGGAAUUUAGCACACCUGAGGAUGCCUCGCGUGCGAUUACGGAACUGCAGGCUUCCGAGUUGGAGGGUGCGACAUUAUUCUUGCGCGAGGACCGUGAGGAUAUUGUGCUCUUGAAUACGCGCCGAAAAAUACGCGAGGCACGCGAUGCGCAGUUAAGAGCACGAAAGGAGGAAGCAGAGCGACUUAGGAGGGAACAAGCGAUUGCGGAGGGAGAUCGUCCCUCAGGGUCUUUAGGUAGCGAGGGUGAUGUGCCCAGAGGGUAA